AUGACACAAGACAAAUUGGAUUACAUGGCACAUUUUAUGGAUAUCAAAUACGAAGUCCUGGAUAAUUUCAGAGACAAUCUAAGACUGUUCGAGGCACAGAUAACUUUCACAAAUCGGGGACAGGAACCACUUCCAGGCGCGGAGUGGGAACUGAUCUGGUGCCAGUUGAACUUAGCAGAACCCGAUUCUUUGCCCAGCGAAAAUGGCGCCAUCAUAGAAAAAUAUAAAGUCAAACUUUCUCAUCUACAAGGAUGUAUGUUCAAAUUGGAACCUAUUUCAGGAUUUCGAUCUAUUCGUCCAGGAGAGAAGCGAAGAAUCCGCUACGUUUCUGAGAAUUACUCUGUAGCAAAAAGUGACACGUAUCCCAAUUGGUAUUUAGCAUCAAAGGGUCUGGAAGAGCGAGUCGUGGAAGGGACGACGGGUGAAAGUUUGAGUUUUGUAGGAGAAUUUGAUCAACCCAAUAAAUGGAAGCGAUACGAUUAUAAGACUGAGAAAGCCGAGGGGCAUGACAGAUACGAUCCCUUCACCCCCCGGGCUCGAUAUGUUUUGAACUCGGAUGUGAAGGAUUUAGGGAGACCCACCAAGUUGAUCAUCCCGACCCCCGUGAAAAUUAACGUUGACACUUCGGCGACUUUAAACCUUGAAACUCGAGACUGGCAGAUUGUGUCGCCGCCUGUUUUUUACAACGAGGCGCAAUAUUUAGCAAAUAAGCUAGGAUUUAAAGUAACAGAUCAGAAGCCUUACAGUCACUAUAUUUGGUUCAACCAAGCGGAUGUGAAAGUCCGCUUAAACGGCGAGGAGGUGUCCAACGAUGAAGUAUAUGAAUUGGACAUCGACCCAUUUAAAGGUUCCAUAGAGAUUCGAGCUCGAGCCGAACCUGGUGCAUUCUACGCCGUCCAAUCCCUACUGAAUCUUAUGGAUGACAGGAAGUUGGUGCCACGAGCUAAAAUCUUCGAUGGUCCUCGAUAUCCCUAUCGUGGAGUGAUGCUGGAUGUGGCUAGAAAUUUCCACCCCAAGGAUCACGUGAUAAGAUUAUUGGACACCAUGGCAAUGUAUAAAUUAAAUAAGCUACAUCUUCACCUGACUGAUGAUGAAGGAUGGAGAUUGGAAAUUCCUGGUUUAGAAGAAUUGACACAGAUUGGAUCACAGAGAUGCCACGAUCCAGACGAAACCAAGUGUCUUCUACCAUUUCUAGGUUCAGGGCCAGUCGCCAGUUCGCCUGGAUCGGGAUUCUACACUACAGAGGAUUAUCAAGAUAUUCUCAGACACGCCAAGUCAUUGCAUAUUGAAAUUAUUCCGGAAUUAGAUAUGCCAGGACAUGGACACGCUGCUAUCAAAUCGAUGGAAGCUCGUCGUCGAAAGAUGCUGUCCUCUAAUAAUCCAUCCGAGGUGGAUAAGUACACUUUAAUAGAUCCAGCCGAUCCAUCUAUAUACAAAUCCAUCCAACUGUUCACUGACAAUGCUAUAAAUCCUUGUUUACAAUCCACUUAUACUUUCAUAGCCAAAGUCUUAGCCGAGCUGAUAGAGCUCCACCGAGAGAUCAUGCCUUUAGACAUUUACCAUUUCGGAGGAGACGAAGUGGCGAAAGGUGCUUGGGAGAACUCGUCGUUCUGUGAGAAUCUCUUCACAGACCAAAGUGUCACAUUUGAUCAUAAGGACAUUAAACAGCUGUUCGUGAGCCAAGUGUCAAAUUUAACAGCGAGUUUAGGACUAGAUCUAGCUGCAUGGGAGGAUGGAGUGAUGGAAUCCGGAAGUACCCCGUACUCCAGAAAUCUCUUACAGAAUGAGAAUGUUUAUGGAUACGCUUGGGACAAUAUCUGGGAAUGGGGUCAAGCAGGACGAGCUUAUUCAUUGGCCAAUGCUGGUUAUAAGGUCGUCAUGGCUCAAGCAACUCAUUUGUAUUUCGACCACCCGUACGAGCCGGACCCCGAAGAAAGAGGAUUAUACUGGGCUCCAAGAUAUACAGACACUCGGAAGACUUUCGGUUUCAUGCCUCAGAAUCUGUACAUGAACGCUGAUGUGGCUCGAUCCGGUGAUCGACUUUCCAGGAAAGAUGUUUGUGGUGAAGAUGGAAAGUUCUGCCCUCGCUUAGAAAAACCAGAGAAUAUUGUGGGUAUUCAGGGACAUCUAUGGAGUGAAAUAAUCCGGAAUCGGGAUCUAGCGGAUCAGAUGUUGUAUCCGAGGUUCCUGGCAUUGGCAGAACGAGCAUGGCACGAGGCUGACUGGGAGAGCGAUCGGAAUAACAGAAGCAGGAAUAAACGACGAGAUGCCGACUGGGUUAGCUUUGCUAAUACUCUUGGAUAUCGAGAGUUGAAGCGAUUAGAUGAAAAGGGUUUGAAGUAUGCUGUUCCUCCACCCGGAGCCAUACUAGUGAGAAAUAAAUUAAAGACUAACGUAGCCUACCCUGGAUUAACGGUAGAGUACAGUAUAGAUGAUGGAGCUACUUGGUGUGAGGUGCAAGCAGAUCAGAAAAUUCAGCCGUCAGUUAUUGUAUUAUUGAGAACAAAGUCAGCUGAUGGUGGAAGAACCAGUCGAAUUGUGAGUUUAAAAACUCGAGCCAGUAAAUUAGCAUCAACCUCCUCGUCAUCUACUGUUCACUUUCAUUUUAUAUAUUUAUUAUUUUCUUUCUGUUUGUCCAAAUUAUUGUAA